UUGGGUUAAGAGCGUAUUUUUAGAAGACUAAGACACCCAAAUCAGUUAUUUAGCCCAAAUCAGUAUUUUACCUAGAAUCCCUAGGGAGAUACUCUGUAUAUAUCAUCAUAAAAACCCUCCAGCCAGCAGUCCGUUUUUCUUCCCCUGGCCAGCAGUCCGUUUUUCUUCCCCUGGCCAGCAGUCGGACGAAGCGUCUAGCACUACCAUCUGUUUUCAUCUUAAAACUGAAUUAAGAGGGAGCUUACCGGAAGACGUUAUCAAGGUGCCACACUUAUCUGAAUAUUUUGAGUUCAGCUGCUAACAGAUCGAAAUGGCUGCCAAUACUCCAAUCAACAUGGUCUAUGCUAGGGAACACUGGAUCCCAAUCAAAGAGAAUAACUCACAACUGGACCCAGAAGUCUUCUCAUGCCAAGAUAAUGUGGUCGUCUCCAUUCUGAGAGGACACAAGCUGUGGAAAGCACUGAGCGAAAAUGCUGAAGUCCCUCAGGUGUAUCUCCAACAAUUCUGGGGUACACUUGACAAGGAUGUGGAUGCUAAUGGCAGACAAAUUGAUGACGUGCUAGCUGCCACGAUCUGCAACACCAGAGUCACAAUCACAAAGGAGCUGGUUCAGCAAGUGCUACAGAUCCCAGAGGAGGAACAUUAUGAUGCGUUGGUCCCGGAGGCACAAGUAAUCACCGACAUGAUCACUCUUGGCCACGCACAGCCUCUCCACGUGAUGUCAGAAAUCAAGACGGCUCGCUUGCCGCGCCCAUGGAGGACACUAAUGGCUACUCUGAAUAAGUGCUGCACUUCUAAACACACUGGGUUCGACAAGUGCAGUGCUUACCUUGUAUACAUCUUCCAUGGGAUCGCCUUCAUGAAGAAAUAUGACUAUGCUGCUCUAAUAUGGAGUGAGUUCUUGGAGAUGAGGAGAAGAAAAUUCGACACCAAUCUGAUCAAACAUCUGCCAUACAUGAGAUGGUUCUCCCUGCUGGUGCGACACUUCUGCAGAACAAUUCCUACUAUUCAAAGACGCAAAUCAUCUGAGAAUGUCAGCACUCCAGCCCUCCAAUAUCUGAAGAGAAUGCCAGAGGUACGCUCACUGGUACCAUUACCCAUUCCAGUCCCUCUCCUCCUGUUAGCUGGGCGAAAUGAUCCACAUGUCAUACGCUACAGUGAGGAGAACGGUAUCAUACUCCCUAUGGCUCAGAUAAACCCCCUUGAGCCUACCCCGGGGAGUCAGCCGAGAGUAUGUGAGGGUCCUGAGAGUUCAACCCGGCCACAGAGACCAGUGGCAAGUUGGCCCCAUGAUGAUCAGACUAUGUCUGCUGAGGGCCACACCCGUGCUGAGGAGUUUACCCGUGAUUCGCCAAGCGUAGCCACAACACAAGACGCUGACGAUGAGGGCUCUGGGAGCAAGGCUAGGAACGACGACGAUGAUGAUGAUGAGGACGACGACAAUGCCAAUGCAAAGGGCAAGAAAGUCGAGAAAGCCCGCGCUAAGAAAGGACGACUCGUUAUCAGGCUUUCUCGGGCUACAACACAAGAGCAGUCUCACCAAAUCAAGGACACUCAAGGAAAUAUCAUCAGUGAGACUCGCUCCAAGGUGCGUCACGACAUUGCCUCAUCAUCUACUCCUGUGCAAAGAGUGCAAACUGCUAGCAACCUGGCAGAAGAGUUAGCUUUAUAUGACAGCUGCUCUGACCUUGACACAAUAAACCGGGCUAACCCCAUAGGUGCAGAGGCUGAUAUUUUCAGUCUCCGAGUAGAAGACGCAGCAUCUAGCCCAACUGCGCAUGCACAAGCCUCACCCAGCCACUCUGCUGCCUCCCAACAGGUAGUAGUUUCACAUAUAGGGGAUAUUAUACCCACCUCGCUGUCUCCUUACGAAGCAGCUGAGGAUUUACUUUGUGGUCUUCCGCCCCAGACCACUACCCCUCCUUCUAGCACAUUGAGUCUAGUUUCCACCAUCCCAACUUUUUCAACAUUUUCUAGGACACAUACACUGCUCACACCACUGCACACGACAGGUGCACUUUACUUGUCCUCAACGAUCGGAGAUACGUCAAUGAUGAUCGGAAGUCCUGCUGCUCAACAGAUAUCUCCAUCAUUAUCUGCAGGCCACACUUCGGUAAUCUUUACUGAUGCUGUGACAACGGUUACUACCCCUGUAACCGGACACCCUGACCCUACUGACCUUUCUGUCAUUUUGCAACGCUUCUUGGAUUCCACCAUUAAACCAUGGGUGCACGAAGCAAUAACCGCUCGGGCACAGGAAUUCAGGAACACCCCGGCGUUACAUAAUGACAUCACCCAACCCCAACCUUCAUCCUCACAUACCCAACAAACCCAACCACUUCCUAUCAUACCUACCCAACAAACCUCUGAACCAUCCACAACCCUACCCCACUCACCUACUGCUUCAAGGGGAACCCAGGAUACAGAACUAGUGUCCUCCCCUACUUCGACCACACCUUUUCCUGACCCUAAAACUUUACCGUUCGAGGUACUCGAAACCCUGAUGCUAGAUCAACUACUAGCUACCGAAGAAGGCAACCUAACCCAGAAACAAAAAGACCUUCUUCGGAUCCUUAAGCCUGACAGCUCAUGCCGUGAUAGUGUCCUUGGUCACAAACGUUCGCAUGAGGACCCCGAUGAUUCGGAUCCUCAUGAGGGGGAGAACAAGAGACAAAGAAUACUUGAGCGUGAUGCGUCAACAAGCCAACCGUCUACGCAAUCCAACCAACCUGAAUCCUCGAACAAUCAGCCCCCACCAUCCACUCAACAUAAAAGCCAAACAGCCAACUCACCCACAUCUAGCCCGGUCGAGCUAGAAACAACACUCCUAGGCUCAUCUUUCAUAGAUGUAGACCAAGGAUGGAGUGGAAGUCCUGAGGUUGCUACUUCGAGUACACCUUUCUAUUCAGGCCAUCAGAAAGAACCUAGUUCUAAUCUGAUGAUAACGGGCAAUCCUAGUGAUCCCGGUGUUUCACAUGACAGGUCGCCUUCGACACAACAACAAGCUCACUCUAAGCCCUCUGGUAAUCAAAUACAAGAUGAACUGGAAGACCUUCUAGUUCAUGAUCAGUGGCCUCGUGAGUGGACAGAGUGGGAUGACCUUAGAGUGGAAGCGGAGCAGUACGAAAUGUGUCGAAGCUGGCAACUCAGAGAAUUCCUCAACAAAUAUCAUGCACAAAUGAUUGGACUCGAUGAAGAUGAACUCAAGGAAGGGGAGAAUCAUAAAGAAAAUCCCAAGGCACCAGAACCAGUCAAAGAAAAAUGGGAAAUUGUUAGAAUCAAAGCCCCCUUCCUAGAAGAAAUCCGAGAGAAAAUCUGGCGACAACCUGAAAAAAUCAAGAAGUUCAGUGAAUUAAAGAUGCGAGGAAUCAAUCAUUUGAAAGGAAAAUACCGAGGAGGUAACCUAUAUAUGUUAGGACACAGAUCCACAGGGGAACGAAGACAAGUUCUAAAUCAUAAUCUCGCAACAAGUGGAUGUCCUAUAUCGAAAAUCCUGGAUAUCACAGAAGACUACUUGGAAACGAUUAAGUUCCUGAUCUUUCGUCUACGACGUACCGAUGGCUCGGAGUUCACCUGUCAAGAGAAUGACUUCUUCCUACUGCACAUGGAUGAUAUUUAUCAAAUGUUCAUGAGAUGCAGGGAGCUCCCAGUGCACAAAGACAGACUUGCUAGAGAAGGUUUUGAGGCCAUUAAGAGAUUCAUGACAAGACAAGUUCGGUUCUACGCCUCCCAUGAUCUCCAGAUGACUCUUGAGCACAAUUAUUCAAAGGCGAAUCUUACACGACCGGACUUGGAUAGACCUGGGCUUGAAACCUUUGCAGCAUAUGAUACAUUUGACAAGCCCAUCUCAGUCAUUUAUCUGAAUCACAAAGAAGAGAAGCGUCUGAUGAUUGUUGAAGACAUUCAAAAAUACUGUGAUGGGACCCUGCAAAUCAUCCGAGAACAGCUCCAGCCAAGGAAAGAAGAUCUAGAUAAAAGACAGAAUGAAGCCUCGAAGGAAGAAAUCAAAGAAUUGGAAAGAGUCAAUAAAAUCUUGAAAGCCAUCGAGAAACAACUUGACAGAAGAAGGUCUCUCAGAAAUUACGAGCAUGCACUCAAUCUUAGAAAGCAUUAUUUUAAAGCUCAGAAGUGAAGAAAAGAAGAAGCAAGAACAUCUGAUCACAAAGGGGGAGAUUGUUAGAGAUAUUUUCAUUGUAAUUGUGAUCAAUGUUACUUUGCUAGUUUAUAGUUAGCUAGAAUAAUGAAUAGGCCUUUUAAGGCAAUUUUGUAAUAAAGGUUUUAUACCUUUUUAGGUAUGGGCCUCCUAGGAAAAGGAGCCCAAAUGAUUGUAAAACCUACCUUUCCCGUCAGGCUAUAUAUAUGCCUUAAGGGAAAGGCUAGGUUAAGCUUUUCAACAUUCUAGUGCCGCAGAGCCUAUUUCUGUGUAAGGUUUUUACGCUAAAAACUCUCAUAUCAUUCUGUAAAACCUUCACAUCAAUGGAAAGCUUCAUACACAGAUCUAUCUUCCAUACAUACAUUUUAUAGACUAGAAAACAG